GGACGACAACAUGGCGACCAUGAUCCAGCCCCCAGAGACAGUCCCGGCGCCUACUCGCCCACGACUGCAAGCCAUCAACCAGGACUUUAGCGACAUAAACGAGCAAAUCCACCGGGCUGCACGCAUAAUAGGCCUUCCCGAUGACUGGGAGACGCUACGAGGUGAUAGCCGCUUGGCUGUCAUUCAGAGCCUUGUUCGUGCACGAGCAGAAUGGGUUCUGCGAUGGCUCCUGGACAAGCUCAAGAAUACAGAGGAUGUUGGCGCCCAGGCGAGAGCGAAUGUGAAGACAUGGAGGCUCACAGACUGGAUGAUUCAUGUUCUCCCGGUAUCCCGCUGCGCACCAUAUCUCCGAGAUGCCGACUUUCUCACAAUCUUCGAGAAAACGCUGGAAGAGAGUUUUGGCACCGAUGCCACCAUCCAGCCUGUACCUGUUCCACAUGAUAGACACCCCCGAGAUGUGUCUGACUCGAGCGAGACCGUAUAUGAGGAUCCACAACCCUCGCGGAAACGGAAGCGAGGCUCCUCGGGCACAAGCACUCCUUCAAAGAGGGCGGCCGGGGAAGAGCCUCCUCAGGCGGAACUCUUCGAAGCGGCCACCGCGGUAGUCAGGUCUGUAAGAGAUAGGGCCAGCUCGCAUGAGUCGGGCGAGAAAGCCGUCCAGGGAGAACAUAUGAAAAUGGUUUUGAAGACGGAGACUGCCCAAGUAGCAAGGAUUCUCAAGUACUGGCUAAAUGCUACGCAAAAGCUUGUGCAAGUGCUAGCAGGCCAGAUUGGAUCUAAUUCUGCGGGCUUUUUAGAUCUGACACCGGUCAUGGACAUUUGGGACUUGCGCUCCAUCGACAAGGACGGUUCGGGACCAUCUACAGAACAGUUCUCGACGGAAUGCUUGAUCCCAGCAUUAAUACUAUCGGAAACGCUUCGAGCAUUCGCUCUUGAACAACAGAACACACCUGAGUCCCUUCAGUAUGCGAGCCAGGCUCUCGACAGAUUAUUCGCAAGGCAUAUACUUGCACCAUCAAGAGCUGCUUUCUUCAAUGACGCAAGUACAGAAACUGCUAAAGAGGGUGGAGCAAAACGAUUCAAAGCGGAGCUGCUCUCAACCAACCUUGCACCGCUCCGUGCGAAACUUUUACAAGCCGCCCAGAUCGAGGAUGCCGGUCAGCCUAUGCCGACAUAUUUCAAUCCGCUUUUUGCCGCUAUCCCGCAAUUACUCGAUCUAGCAAUUCGAUCAUCGCCGGCGCGCACUCCCAGGAGCAGGAUCGCGGAGAAGCCAUGGAUACAGGCCGUGUUUGUUGCGCUCGUCGAGUGCGCGGGCUGCUCGCUUGAGCCGCCAGAAUUCGUGACACCUAGAGCGUCCAUCGUCGUGGUUGAAAGAUCGCUCCAGGUUCUUGCUUCUCACGACAUCAGUAUCGACUCUGAAAUAAUAAAAGACCUUCUCUGGUUCCAUUCCGGCCUCGAAUUUCCGCUCAAGCAGAAACGUGUCGUUCACUGGUCGCUCGUUGCGGCCUUAAUCGACCUUGACGCUGGAAUUUUCGUACCGGACAGUAGAUCCUCACCGUCUACCUCCGGCGGCAGGCCCAACGAUCUAGCCGAGUUCCUCUUUGAGCAGAUUUCGGCAACUACAUUCAACGACGGCAAUCGUAUGGAUGACGACAAAAUGGUCGUUGACGGCCCUAAAGAUCGACCGACCUUGGCCGAGACUCAUGGGAAGGAAGAGCAUUUUGGACGAGAGGCAGUAGCUGGGAAGAUCGUCAUUCCAAUCAUGUCUGCGUUCGCGCGAAACCGGAAUCUCACUGGAUUCCUCGGGAAAUGGGAUACCCAGCUGUGCAAGAUUGCACAGGACGACCGCCGUCCACUGAAAGAACUAACACCACCAAUUUGGCAAGACCGCGGCCUCGCUAAUGCUUUGGCUGGCUUUUUUGAGCAGUCUUUGACGCCAACGCAGAUUUCAAAGCUCUUUCGCGAGCACAGCAAGCGGCUCGAACCUGAAAUACAAGCGGACGAGCAAGAGUCGGCAGCACCCGAUUUCUCCGCGGAGGCUUUCAGUAGCGCUGUUCUUAUACAAGCUAUGCUGGGAUCAGUCAGGGCGGACGAAACGAUUGAAGCAGUCCACGCCGAACUUCUAUCUCUAUGGAAAUCGUACGCUCUGCGGGUCCAAUAUGAGCACCGCGGUUCAGCGUCUAGUCUUGGGCUAUCAUGGAUGACCCUAAGCCAGCUUCUAAUCGCCCUUUGGCCAACUCACUUUCACGGGUCCUCCUCUUCCCAACAAGAGCUUCUCUAUCCGCUUAUUGACCAGGCGUCCAGAGACGUUGUCGGAGGUCGAAAGGACCAGACCGAAGUUUCUGUUGAUUCGUACAGUCGUUCCACCGCCUUGGCAUUUAUGUUCACUGCUUGUGACUGUCUGCGGGCUCUUCCCGAUACCAAGGAACUGAUCCGCAAGAAGUUGCGCAAGGCUCUCAAAUCCCUCUCACCAGGCCAGCUCAGGGAUACUGAGCUCAUCAAAAUGACCGAGAUCUUCUGCGCCGAAUAUGCGCAGCUCCUAGAAUGCUUCGAGCGAGAUGCUUGCCAAGCGUCAUUAUCUGGCCUUCUCUCGAGUAUAUCCAAGUUCGAUAACGGUUUCUCGGAGCAGACCAGCCAGGCUCUGUCUCAGUGCGUGUUUGCAUACGGAAGUGUUUCUCUUCAGGCCUCCUAUAUGACAGCACUUCUGAAGGCUCUUACGCAGGAUGACAAGCGACUGCGUACACUUGUAAUCGACGCUUUCCUCCAACUCACACCUUCGUCGAUAUCCCGGGAACUACGAGAAGCUGCUUUAGACAAGAUCACAGACAUGCUAGCCUCGGGACCUGAAGACGUCAACGCCCUCCUCAGUAUCAUGGUCCAUCUCAUGGAAGUGCCCAACGCGACAGCCAAGGUUUCUUCGGAAGGCUCUAUUCUAUUUGACGUGGCUCAAAGACUGCACGACGGCCAGCUUGAAACACCUUCCUCGUUAUCGCUCCUCCUGAAUCUGGCUCGACUUACGCUUCGGCAUAUCAUUCCGAACAAGGACCAGGAACAGAACAAGCGGUUUCUGGAGACAUACGGAAGCAAAAUCGUGUCGGUUACCAAGAAGACGCGCAGGUGCUUCCCGGCCAGGCUCGCUGUCCUUAGAGGCACACUCCUCGCCACACACAAGGAGGGCAUGCUGCUCACGGCUGGUCAGUUUGUGUCCUUGUUAGUUGCUUGCCUGGAGGAAGAGACCGCGUCGCACGAACACAUCCUAGAAGCUUUCAACGAUAUUCCCUUUCAGACUUUACGCAGUCAUGAAGACAUUUUCCAGAACGCUCAGGCCUCGCUCCGGGCGUGGAUUGAAUCCAGAGAACCUCUGCGGCAUCUUCUAAGCACACCCUGCGAUGCCACCCUCCCCGCCGUCCCAUCAACGCUCUGGCCCUGCCUUCAUACCACUCUUGCGAGGUAUCGACUCUAUCCCGACACGAAACAGUUCAUACAUUUUUCUGUGAGCCUACUCCACGAGCCCCUCACUGCCAAAGAUAAGGUCGCCAUCCUCAAUGCCGUGAGAGAGGUAUUGCUUCCUCUUCCUCAUCUGGAGAAGCUAGCUCUAGCGACCGUAUGCACCCAGAGCGGCCCUGGUAGUGAUCCAGCAUCUCCGUAUCGUAUACUGGCUACUAUUUUGGCAACCUUUGAAGACAAGCAAGGCGAUGAUGCAACCAUCAGAGAGCAACAACUUGCGCUGCUCCCCAAAGUAUGCACUCUCCUAGGCAAGAGUCCAAAUCACGCAGCUUGCAACGCAUUGCUCGACGGCGUCAAUACGAUCAUCCGAGACAAACCCUCUCUCACAACACAGUACAGCAUCGAGUGCGUGCUCACAGUCCUGGUCAAGCUCGUCUCACGGCACAGUUCUCGCCUAUCCACGGAACAUGCGCCAACCAUCUUUGGACGCCUCUGUGAAACGAGCCGCAUGCUUCUCCUUCUCCAUCGCGGACGACUAGGUGGCCGCUUUCACCUCCUUCUCCCGCUCCUGCAGAAUCUCCUCUUCUGCCUCUUCAUCCCGAACGCAGGUCGACACGCCGCCCUGCCGCCGUGGCUCCAAUCCACCAGACUUACUCCCGCAAACGCAUCCCAAUACACGCGCGUCCUGAGCACGCUCUGCUCGCCCACCCAGUCGUCUGUCCAGCGACCAUCGCACCAUUCUCGCUCCGCCGGCUCGAAGAAAGAACUCAACGACCCUGUCAAGGCGGCGCGCGAAUACGCCUCGCAGUACGUAUAUCCGCUUCUAAGCUCCUUCUGCCGCUUCCAGUUGAACGGCAGGCUAGACCCACAGGUCAGGGAGAAGUUGAUGCCGGGGAUCCGGGAGGUUGUGGGUGUUGGGGCGAUGGAUAGAGCGGGCUUGGAUGCGAUGUUUGCGGGGCUGGAUACUAGCACGAGGGAUGUUUGGAGAGGGCUCUGGGCGGAGUGGCUGAGGGCGAAUGGGAGAAGGGAGCCUGGGAGAGACGGCGCGUGAUUGUGAGUUGGCGUGCCGGGCGUUCUCAACAGGACCCUGUAGGUCUCGGGCAAUGGAGCUCGACAGAUUCCGGCAUUGCGGCGAACACGAAGG